AUGGUAAAUCUUUGCAAAGCUGUCGCACUUGCGACCGUCUUUUUCGCGUCCACUGUCGUCUCCCAUGCCGACGUUAAACUGUCGCCUCGGGAGCUUGCGACAGAGGAUGAACGGAUUCAUCAGGCGCGUAGAGGCCUGGAUGUUUGCGCGAAAUCUCUUUGGGAACGCGGUUGGGAUGCGAAAGAUGCUAAACGACGCGCUGUGCGGGCGGCAUCUCUCCGUGCAAAGAGAAACCUUCCGACUUCCCCUUGGAAGAGCACCAAGCGCGACUUUGCCGACGUCUUGAAAACGAAUCACAAUGACACAUUGAAAUUCCCAGGUGCCAGUCUUGAUUCGCCCAGCUCUGUUUUUUUUGGCGAAGAUCCAUCUCAGGCCUGUGUACUGGCGGCAAGCACUGUCCUUGGCCCUUUUUACGUUGAUGGCGAGCUGGUCCGCAACAAUGUCGUGGAUGACCAGCUUGGUGUUCCAUUGUAUCUAGACGUUCGGGUCCUUGACAUUGAAACAUGCGAGCCAAUCCCAGAGAUUUAUACAGACAUCUGGCACACCAACAGCACCGGUGUCUACUCCGGUGUUGCCUCAGCGGAGAACGGCAAUGGAGCGAUUGUUGAUAAUCUCAACACAACUUUCGGUCGUGGUAUCUACCCCACUGAUGGAGAAGGUGUUGUUGAAUAUCAGACAAUUUUUCCCGGUCAUUACUUGGGCCGCGCAAUCCAUAUUCACGUCCUAACUCAUGAGGCUGGUGAAGUCCUGCCCAAUAAGACCUUCAGGAGCACUCGAACUUCGCACAUCGGGCAAAUAUACUUUGACCAAGCCCUCAUCGACGCUGUCGGAGUCACAGAGCCUUACGCCUCCAACCAGGUCAAAGAGACCUUGAACGCUGACGAUUUCCUCAUGAAGUUCUCCGCAAAUGCAGCCAAGGCUGACCCUGUCGCGCACUACAUUUAUCUGGGCGACCAUGUUAACGACGGGAUAUUUGCCUGGACAACACUUGCUGUCAAUCGUUCCGCUUCCGUGUACAUCCACGCUGCAACAUACUGGACGGAGAAUGGAGGUGUUAAUAACACAGAACCUCGUCUGCAGCCCGAUAUGCCCGCCGGUUAUGAAACUGAGACACCUGGGGGACACAGUAGUACGAACGGAACUGUGAACGGGACUCUCAUCGAAUACCCUUCAAUGUCUCCGGCUGGUUUGAGUCCAUGGCUGUCCCCUAUCACUGGUUGGGCUAUUGCAGCUGUUGCAAUUUGGGUAUAUUCUGGCUAG